AAGUUUUUCCAUUUCUAUGGAUAUUCAGCCUUGUACUACUCUAUGGUCUUCUUCUUCGUUCGUUUCAGCGAAUUUCUAAGAUUCACAUUUGAUCCAUGACACAUCUGCACAAAGAAUUAGCUUUCAUCAUCAAUUGUCUCUCUGAAAAACUCUCCUUUGGUUCCAUUUGAUCGGAAAAAAGAAGGAGAAGAGUUUUCAACAUAUUAGAAUUCUUUAGUUUCUUUUGAUAACUGUGGAUGGGUGCCCCAAAGCAGAAGUGGACACCUGAAGAAGAAGCAGCUCUUAAAGCUGGAGUACUUAAGCACGGGACUGGGAAGUGGCGUACAAUACUCUCGGAUCCUGAGUUUAGUUUAGUUCUUAAGUCUCGUUCAAAUGUUGAUCUCAAGGACAAAUGGAGAAAUAUAAGCGUGACAGCGUUAUGGGGUUCAAGGAAGAAGGCUAAACUUGCACUUAAAAGGACACAGCCAGCUCCUAAACAAGAUGAUAACAACACUGCAACGCUUAGCAUCUUGCCUUUGGCGAAUGACGAAGAACGGGCAAAUCCAACUUCGCCUGGAGGUUCUGGUGGUGGAUCGCCACGAACUUGUGCUUCAAAGAGAUCAAUUACAAGUUUGGAUAAAAUCAUCUUGGAGGCAAUUACCAACUUGAAGGAACCACGCGGUUCUGACAGAACAUCGAUCUUUCUGUAUAUAGAGGAGAAUUUCAAGACUCCGCCUAAUAUGAAAAGACAUGUGGCAGUAAGAUUAAAGCAUCUAUCAUCAAAUGGACCAUUAGUUAAGAUAAAGCACAAGUACAGGUUUUCUACUAAUUUUAAUAGCUUAGGAGCAAGACAGAAGUCUCAUCAACUGUUUGUGGAAGGAAAUAACAAAAAAGACGCACCAAAACCCGAGGAGAACGGCAACAAGUCCCGAGCAGAAGGGGAGUUAUUUAUGAUAAAAGGCAUGACAGCUGCAGAAGCUGCAGAAGCUGCUGCAAGAGCAGUUGCAGAGGCAGAAUUUGCAAUCACAGAGGCUGAAGAAGCAUCAAAAGAGGCGGAAAGAGCAGAAGCCGAAGCUGAAGCUGCUCAGAUAUUUGCAAAGGCAGCCAUGAAAGCUUUGAAGUUCAAAAUCCGUAAUCAUACUUGGUAAAACACCAUCAUGGGAAAAUUCAUUCUAUAACAGAGCAAACCCUUAUAUAUAUAUACACACCGUUACCAGUUUGAAGAGUUUCGAUCUUGAAUCAGGCGAUAUCUCAUCACCUGCAGAGUUUAAAAGUUUUCAAAACCUUUCUUCUCUUUUUUUUUGGGGUUAGUAACAGUGUAAAUCCGCAAAGUUUGAUCAUAUCUAUGUUCAUAACUCUGAGAUUCUGUAAGACCUGUUUUUUUUUUUUUUUUUCUGUUUGAGGAUGAUUUGCUUAGUAAUC